AUGCUGAUUCACACUUGUUUCUUCUUUGCCUGCCUGCCUGUGGCGAGCCAUGUCUGGGGACGAGUGGGCCAAGGGUCAGGCCGGCUGAAACUCACUGUCCUUUCAGAAGACAGGCUCCAAAUGAAAUGGAAGGAGGCUGAAGGGAACAUCAAUGGCUACAAGGUUCGGGUAAAGCCCAUGGCAGGGGACUCAGAGCAAGAAGUCAUGCUGAAAACCAAGACUCCCAAAGCCACAGUGGGGGGGCUGAGCCCUACCAAGGAAUACACGCUGCAGGUCUACGUGCUCAAUGGCUCCCAGGAAGCCCUGUUUGCCAAGAGGAAAUUUGUGAUAGAGGAGCUAAAAAAUGCAUCCCAGGCUAGAAAUAACCGAAGAAAAUCAGGAGCUGUGUCAGGAAAGAAUCUCACCUCUUCGGGCAGCUCAGCAGCUGAGCACAGCGGGGUGGCAGAGGCCACCCCACCACCCCUGAACACUGUCUUGACACAGCCAGCAAAGGACAAAGCUGAAAAGAAAAGGCAGAAGGGGACUCAGCCAAAGGGCUCAGGAGAAACCACAAGAAACCAGGUCAGUGUGGAGGUCAGUGUGACAGAAGCAACAGCAACGACCACGAGAUCAUCCCAGCGAAUUCCUGCAAACUCAGAGCGAGAGUCUCCAGGAAAAGAAAAGCCCACGAAGGAUUCAUUGAGGCGAGGUUCCCAGUUUCAGUGUGACUCAUCUGCAAUGACUGAUAUUGUCCUGCUUGUGGAUGGAUCUUGGAGCAUUGGACGCAGCAAUUUCAAGCUCAUCAAGGAGUUUCUGAGCAAUUUGAUUUCCCCAUUCAGUAUUGCCCAAGACAAGAUAAGAGUAGGACUGUCCCAGUACAGCAGCGAUCCCCGCACGGAGUGGGAUCUGAGCACUUACUCUACGAGGGACCAGGUGCUGGAGGCCAUGAGGAAUUUGCGGUACAAGGGUGGCAACACCUUUACAGGUCUAGCGCUGACCCAUGUCCUGGAGCAGAAUUUGAAGCCAGAUGCUGGUGCCCGGCUGGAGGCUGAGAAGCUGGUAAUCCUCCUGACUGAUGGGAAGUCCCAGGAUGAUGCCAACCUGGCUGCUCAGACCUUGAAAAACCUGGGUAUAGAGAUAUUUGCCAUUGGGGUGAAGAACGCGGACGAGGCAGAGCUGAAGCAGGUGGCCUCGGAGCCACUGGAGCUCACGGUGUACAACGUGCUGGAUUUCCCACUGCUGAGCUCUCUGGUUGGCAGGCUCACCCAGGUCCUGUGCUCCAGGAUCAAAGAGAAGAGCAACAAGGAAAACUCAGGCAGCACUGUGAAAGAUAUCCCAGUGAACACAGGUCCCCAGCUGAGCCCAACUGACCUUAAAAUAUCAUCUGUGACCUCUAAAAGCAUGCACUUGACCUGGAGUCCUCCUCUGAGACCACCAAAGAAAUAUCGGAUUGUGUAUUAUCCAUCUAAGGGUGGUAUCACCAAAGAGGUGGUUUUAGAUGGAGCAGUCUCCUCUUUGUGGCUUUCCAAUUUGACCUCGCACACGGAGUAUCUGGUGUCGGUGUUUCCUGUUUAUGACACAGUCGUUGGGGAUGGGCUGAGAGGUGUCACCUCCACAUUGCCUUUGUCUUCCCCUCGCUCCCUGCGCGUCUCUGAGCUGAGCCACAACAGCAUGAGGCUGAGCUGGAAGGCAGCCCAGGGAGCCACGCAGUACCUGGUGCUCUGCUCCGCAGCCCCUGAUGGAGCAGAGGACUAUACAACAGAGGUGAAGGUGGCCCAGCCUGAGGUCGUGCUGGAUGGGCUGUCACCCAGCACGGAGUACUCUGUCGCAGUGUACGCCAUGUAUGGGGAAGAUGCGAGUGAUCCAGCCAGCAUCCAGGAAACCACCCUGGCCUUGAGUCCUCCCAGAUACCUGAGCUUCUCCGAGCUCAGCCACGCGUCCGUACGAGUCAGCUGGGAGGCUGCGUCUCCGGCCGUGAAAGCUCACCGUGUCACCUAUGUCUCUAGCAGAGGGAGCAACGCUGGGGAGGUAGAGGUUCCUGGAACUGCGACAUCCACUGUCCUGAGACCUUUGUCUUCCCUCACCCAAUAUUUCAUCAGUGUCCGAUCUAUGUAUGAUGAAGGGGACUCCUUUCCAAUUACUGGCAAUGUUACCACCUUAAAGGUCCCCUCGCCGCGUGCACUGAAGGUUACCGAGCUCUCCGGGAACAGCCUCCGACUGCAGUGGGAAGCUGUGGCUGCCUCCGACGUGGUUGUCUAUCAGAUCAAAUGGAGCACAGUCGGUGGAGAGAAGCCUCAGGAGCUCUCCAUCGCUGGAAACGUGGCAACUGCUGUCCUGCCAGGCUUGCAGAAGAACACCGACUAUAAAAUAUCCAUCUGGGCCUAUUACAAAGACGGUGCUCGAAGUGACACGGUUUCUGUUCAGCACAGGACCAAUUCCCGGAGCCCACCCACCAACCUCUUCAUCGACUCCGAGACCCCCACCAGCCUCCAGGUCCACUGGACCCCCCCCGAGGGCCGCAUACAGCACUACAAAAUCACCUACAGCCCUGUUUCUGAUGCCAGUGCUCAGCAAACAAUCAUGGCUUCUGGCAAAAGCAGCAGCGUCACCCUGCAGUCGCUGCUGCCUGACCGAGCCUACAAGGUGAUCCUUUCUGCCGUCCAUUACACAGGAGAGAGCGAGAGCACGUCCACGACGGGACGGACGGCUCCUGUGUUGUCUAAAUUCCCUUCAAUACGAGGAUUCAUUCCAUCUAAAACAGAGGCCUGCCCCACCAUCAGCUCUACCGAAGGCUCCAUCCGAGGAUUUGAUAUGAUGGAAGCUUUUGGCUUAGUAGAGAAGGAAUACGCUUCCAUUAAAGGCGUAGCCAUGGAGCCAUUCGUAUUCAGCGGUUCCCGUACCUUCACCCUGUUCAGAGACACUCAGCUCACCCUGAGGACCAGUGACCUCCACCUCUUUGCAAUCCCACCCGAGCACACCAUCAGCAUCCUCCUGCGCCUCCUGCCCGAGUCCCCCAAGGAGCCCUUCGCUGUCUGGCAAAUAACAGACGAGGACUUCCAGCCCCUCCUUGGUGUUAACCUUGACCCCAGUAAGAAAUCCUUGACCUAUUUCAAUCAUGACUACAAGGCUGAUUUACAGGAGGUCUCCUUUGACCAGCAGGAAGUGAAGAAGAUAUUCUAUGGGAGCUUUCAUAAGGUGCACGUGGCCGUGAGCCACUUCAAGAUCAAACUCUAUCUGGACUGUAAGAAAAUAGCAGAGAAACCUAUCAACACCGUCGGCCCCGUCUCCACCGCCGGCUUCAUCAUGCUGGGAAAAGUGACGAGGACCAGAGGACCCCGGAGCGGCUCCGCGUCGUUCCAGCUGCAAUCUCUGCAGAUCCUGUGCAGCAGUGUGGGGGCAGAGGGAGACCGAUGCUGUGACCUCCCUGCACUGAGGGACGAGGAGACCUGCCCUACCUUAGCUCCUGCCUGCUCUUGUACUUCUGGCCGCCCGGGCUUGCCAGGACCUCCGGGGCCUCCU